ACCGCCCCUCCCGCUCCCGCUCCGGCUCCCGCUCCCCCUCCCCUGGGCUCCGGCCGCAGCUCCCGGCUAUGGCUGCGCUCCGGAGGCUCCUGUGGCCGCCUCCUCGGCUGUCGCCGACUCUCGCCCCCCAGCAGCCCUUCCUGUCGCCGUGGGGGCGGCCUGCGGGGACGGCUCCGGGGCUGUCGGGCCGGCCUUUCUCCUGCCGGGAGGACGACGACGACGAGGCGGCCGUGGCGGAGGCGGCGUGGAGGCGGCGGCGCUGGGGGGAGCUGAGCAUCGCGGCGGCGGCGGGCGGGGGGCUGGUCGGCCUCGUGUGCUACCAGCUGUAUGGGGACCCCCCCAGAGCAGACCCCUCGGAGUCAGCGGCCCCGGAACCUGAGGACCCGCCCCGGGCCAGGGGGCUGCUGCAUCCGGUGGCUGCGGCUAAGGAGACCGUUGCUACUGGCAGAGCUGUUACUGAAGAUUUGGACCUCUAUGCUACAUCUCGAGAGAGACGAUUUCGUUUAUUUGCAUCUAUAGAAUGUGAAGGACAGUUAUUCAUGACUCCAUAUGAUUUUAUUUUGGCUGUUACAACAGAUGAGCCCAAAUUUGCUAAAACGUGGAAGUCACUUUCUAAACAGGAAUUAAGUCAGAUGCUCUCAGAAACACCACCAGUUUGGAAGGGAUCAUCAAAGCUCUUUCGAAAUCUUAAAGAAAGAGGUGUGAUUUCUUACACCGAAUAUCUUUUUCUUUUAUGUAUUUUAACAAAACCUCAUGCAGGUUUUAGAAUAGCUUUCAACAUGUUUGACACUGAUGGAAAUGAGAUGGUGGAUAAAAAAGAAUUUUUGGUGCUUCAGGAAAUAUUCAGGAAAAAAAAUGAAAAGAGAGAAACUAAAGGAGAUGAAGAGAAGCGUGCAUUGCUGCGUCUUCAACUUUAUGGAUACCAUUCUCCUACUAAUAGUGUACUUAAAACAGAUACUGAGGAACUCGUCUCCAGAAGCUACUGGGAUACCCUGAGACGUAACACAAGCCAAGCGCUCUUUUCAGACCUCGCAGAGCGUGCUGACGACAUCACAAGCUUAGUAGCAGACACUACACUUCUGGUACACUUUUUUGGAAAGAAAGGAAAAGCCGAGCUCAACUUUGAAGAUUUUUAUAGAUUUAUGGAUAACCUACAAACAGAAGUUCUAGAAAUAGAAUUUCUUUCCUACUCUAAUGGAAUGAAUACUAUCAGUGAAGAAGAUUUUGCCCAUAUUCUUCUACGGUACACUAAUGUGGAAAAUACAUCAGUGUUUUUGGAAAAUGUGCGCUACAGUAUACCUGAAGAAAAGGGCAUCACAUUUGAUGAGUUCAGGUCAUUUUUCCAAUUUCUGAACAACUUAGAAGACUUUGCAAUAGCCCUCAAUAUGUAUAAUUUUGCAAGCCGUUCUAUAGGACAAGAUGAAUUUAAACGUGCUGUCUAUGUAGCUACUGGACUGAAACUUUCCCCACAUUUGGUCAACACCGUCUUCAAGAUUUUUGAUGUUGACAAAGAUGACCAGUUAAGUUACAAAGAAUUUAUUGGAAUUAUGAAAGACAGACUCCAUAGAGGAUUCCGGGGUUAUAAAACAGUCCAGAAGUAUCCAACCUUCAAAUCCUGCCUGAAAAAAGAACUUCACAGCAGAUAAAUCCUCCUAAAACAAAGACUGAAGGAUUAUGAUCUGUGUGACAAGGCAAGAAGCAAGUUUCAGAGUGUGGAUCCAAGUGUGAAGUCAGAGCAUGCAGAAAAUAAAGGGAAAGUGAAAUACUAUGAAAUUACUUUUUUUCCUUAAGCUGAGUUUGUCAAUGUGAAACAGAAGAGAACUGAACCUUCUAAUUACAAGGUUUAACCCUGGGUUUGAUCCCUAGCGCCACCAAGAGAACACUUACUGCAGAUGCUGAAUAUGAUCAGUUGACCUUUCACCUUGACUGAUGAAAGUCUGAACUUUUUCAUUCCCUUCACAAGUACAUGGGUAGUCCCAGUAACUGAGAAUGUAUUAAAUGUCUAUUUAUUUAUUAGAAAUGUCUUUAUUUCAAAAGAAUUUAUGAAUGAUAGAAUAUAGAUAGCUUAAAAACAGAAACACAUUUUCUUCUGGUUUGGACUGUGAACCUGUUUUCAGGCAAUGAAUAUUGCUUCUGACUUGUCUUAGGGCCCUUAGACUUGUUCGUAAGUCGCUGUUAUUUACCUUAUAUUUAAUUACACUGAAGUAAUUUCAGAAAACAAGUGAAAAUUUACUACAUAAUAUGAUGGUUUACAUUGUACUUUCAACUUUUAAAAGUACUUAUGUAAUAUACAUUGUUGGAUUUGUGUAAAUUUUUGUUUGUUUUGCUCUUCUUUGUGUGUUUUGUUUUAUUUCUGUACCAAAGUCAACAGGAUUUCAGGUAUUUUAUUUAAAAAACAAUUUAGAUUUUUUUUUUUUUGAAGGGUAGUGAUCACAUGCUGAUGCUAGAAAGCCAGGACAGUGGUAGUAGUUAGUAAUUACCAUGGGGUAAACGUGGUGCUGCUCCUAAUUGCAAGUAGAAUAUAUGGAAAUAAUAUUAGUAAUAUACUGGAUAUUAUUAACAUAUGUCUAUAGCAUCAAAACUAAUAUAAAUGAUUUAGAAGAUUGAUGUACAUUUAAUAGGUAGAAGAUAAUCUUUUGUUUCUUGCAAAAGGACCACAUGCAAAAUUGAUCCAAACAGCCAGUAGUGAUGAAUCAUUUAUAUAUAACUCAUUAUGUUGAAAUAAUAUGUCUUAAAAGGGAAAAUAAAACUUUCUAUUGAAAAAAAAACCCACUUGAGAAACUGGCCAAGACAGUUACUACUCAAGGCCUGCCUGGGCUGUAACACAAGCU